AUGUCUGUACGAACAUGCCCUCUAUGUGAUGAAAAUGGAAGGGAUGUAUUACUUGUUGCUCUCUAUGUCGAUGAUCUUAUUUUUCUGGGCAGUAAUGAUCAGAUGAUAGAAGAAUUCAAAAGCACAAUGACAUGUGAAUUCGAGAUGACAGACUUAGGCCUGAUGAGAUUCUUUCUUGGUCUGGAGGUUCGACAAGAAGAAACAGGAAUCUUCAUCUCACAAGAAAAAUAUGCAAAAGAAAUCUUGAAAAGAUAUAAGAUGGAAAGUUGUAAUCCGGCUUCGAAGCCAAUGGAACCAGGAACAAAGUUGUCGAAAUUUGAUGGAGGAGAACGUGUCGAAGCAGGAAAAUAUCGAAGUUUGGUAGGAAGUCUUCGCUACCUCACAUGUACAAGACCAGAUAUCUCGUUAAGUGUAGGCAUUGUAAGUCGAUUCAUGGAGGAGCCAGUUUACACACAUUGGAAAGCAUUGAAGUGA